CUCAGUUAGAAAAUGGUCAACUUAAGUAUUUUUAAUUUAAAUGACGACUGUCUUCAUCAUAUAUUGAAAUAUCUAAGUGUCAAAGACCUCGUAAAUCUAGCAGAAUGCUUUACAAGGUUUCGACAGAUUAUAUUGGAUAGAUCGCCUGCGCUUUUUCCAGUAUUCCAUGGGAAAGAUCCAGUUGUCAUCAAACCAGUAUUAUAUUAUUCAUCGGUUGGCAUUAAACUUAUCAGAGCCGUAAAUAAUAAUGUGAAAACACUGGGGGUUACACAAGGACAUACUUACGAUAAGGAAGAUCUUGGAAACGUCGUCAAAGAUUUCCGAAUUCUUACAAAGGCAAAAAACAAAAUUGAUUUGCAGCAUUGCCUAGAUGAAAUACCAAAACUUGAGGAUAUAUUUCGAUUCUCUUCUGAUGCUUGUGACUAUUUAAGUGUAAACGUUCCGUCUUGCAUUUGUUACCUUCAGGAAUUCUUUCAACUAAUUCCCGAUUUGCGGGAACUACUACUUUUAGGAUAUGCCAAAUGCUCCGAUUGUGUUAAAGUUAUUUUGAAAUCUUUUCCAAAGUUGGAUGAACUCUGGAUCCGAGGGGCGUGCCUUAAACUUCGAUCGGAUUAUGAGUUGAUAUCGCAGAUUAGUUCUUUAACCAAACUCUCGCUGAACGUUGGUGGACCCAAUUGCCUAGCACCUUUGGCCAAUUUAACAGAACUUCGAACUCUAUACGUGGAUAGUAUCUUUAGCUAUAUAUCGCCAGGAGAAAUAAUAGAAAUCAUAAAGAACUGUAAAAAGUUGGAGUUUCUAUACUGCUACUAUAUCGAUCAUGGACAACAGCCACAUGACUCCAUUGGAAAUCUCUUCAGGAGGAUUAAAUCGCAUCGAGAUCCUAGCUUUCAAAGUCCCCUUAAGCUGCAUACAUAUAUGGAUCCACCAUUGUCUGAAGCAAAUGAAAAGCUCAUCGAUAAUGCAUACUUCGAAUAUCGCCAACAGGUCUAG